ACAGCGGCCAGAGCGCCGGCAGAGGGUGCCAAACGCGAGAGGAAGAGGAACCACAACACCCGGCAUGCACCGCGCGCGGCAAGGGUUGAGUUUGAGGAAAGGAAGACGCGCCACAGCUAGAAUCCGGCGGGGAAGUGGAGAGGCUUCCUUGGAGGGGAAGAGGUCUGAAACUUAAACAUGUCAAAAAAACACAAGAAAUCUGAGAAAAAAGACAACCCUUCAGGUAACAAGAAACAUGAAAAGGCGGAAAUUGGGAGUUAUCGUGCUAAAGAUGAUCCAAGUCAAAGGUUGCAUGAUACUCCCAGGUGUAAAAAACCAAAAAACUGUUCGGAUGUCAAAGAAGCUACUACUAAAGAUCUCCAGAAAAAUAUUUCAAAACAAACACAGCCCGUUGGUAUUUUAAUGUCUCUUGAGCAGCGUGAAAAGAUCACUAUGCAUUUUAAAAGCAAGGCAAAACAUAGUGGACAGAGAAGUAAGGUGUAUUCAGCGGCUUCCUCCCUUAGCAAGGAAGACUCUGACACAAAUGUGCGUGAUGUACCAAAAGAGAGGAAGGAGUCAAAAGAUUUGAAGAUCUGGAACCGGAAAAAGAAAAAGAGCAAAGCUGAGUGCAGCAAUUUAAAAGAUAUAAUUGAGAGAAAUAUGCUUCCCAUAGAGUGCUCUUUCCUUCAUAAGAAACCUUUAAAACUGAAAGAACUCAGCAUAAAGCAGAAAACUUCAAAAGAGCGAUACCCAUCCACCUCAACAAUUAAUUUCUCAGAUCCUGAGAAAUUGCACACACAGACAUGCAGAAAAGAGGCUCCUGAAAAGGCAGAACAUAAAUCAUUAGAAGACAAUAUCAAAAAGAGCAGCAAAAUGAGAUGCAAUCCUCUUUGUCCCAUGACAAAACUGACAAAAGGUUGGAAGUAUAAAGAGAAAGAACAAUUGUGUAAUCAAGAACAAUCAAGCAUCAAGAAUGUUUCCUGUUUGAAGACCCAAGGAAAUAAAUAUGAAUCUGUAGCAUUUCGGACAAAUCAGAGAUGUGAGACAUCAUGUCCUUCCUUUUCUGCAUUUGAAGCUACUGGAAAUACUGGUGCAGACCAAGAAAUGCAGAUUGUGGAAGACCUGCAUGCAGCUCGCGUUGAUAAUAAGAUGGCUUUGUCUGUAGUGCAGACAUGUGGAGAGCUGACCAGCAUGGAGAUAGAUCUUCCAGAUGAUGACUCAAACAGGUUUUCUAAAAAUAUUGCUGGCUUGAAUACUUUGAUUGUAAUUGAUACUAAUAUAAUGAUCAACCACCUGGACUUCAUCAAGUCUUUGAAGAAUAAUGAUAUCCCAGGUAUAGGUAACUUUGUGCUUAUCAUUCCCUGGGUGGUUUUGCAAGAACUGGACAACUUGAAGAGAGGAAAAAUAUUGGCGAAUGUUGGGCAAAAAGCAAUUCCUGCAGUUCACUUCAUCUAUAUGUGUCUGAAAAUCCAAGAUCCAAAAUUGUGGGGACAAUCUAUGCAACUUGCUUCUCAGAAAACACUUGAUUUCAUUAUUGAGAACAACGACGAUCGUGUAUUGCAGUGCUGCUUGCAAUAUAAAAACCUAUUUCCCCACACCGAAAUUAUACUGUUGACGAAUGAUAAAAAUUUGUGCAGCAAAGCCUUGGUGAGUGAGAUAAAGGCAUGUAGUAAAAUGGAUUUCGUUGCUGCACUCCAGAAGUUGAUUCCGAAGACUGUUGUUAUAAAUCAAGAUGUUUUCAGUGGCCAGUCUCACCUGGAAAAAGAUAUAAAACGUCAUAAAGUUGGGGGCAGUUCUACAAAUCAUCUUUCAAUAAUUAUUCUGGACACAAAGAAGUGCUUGGGAGAAGUGUUGUCUUCUAUAUUGGAAACAGAACUGAAGAUUGCUUAUGGAGACCUGUGGACAGAGGUAGUGUAUCAUAAACCCCCAUGGACAUUAACCAAUGUGUUGGAGUGUUACAGAAAGCACUGGAUGGCUGUUAUUGGAAUGGUGAUACCAAGAAGAUUUGUAUCGACUAUUGACUAUUUAUAUAAAUGUUUCUGUACAGUUGAAGUAAUUAAUGAGUCAACAAUAAAGGAAGUGCUCGAGGAAUCUAAAAUGCUAUUGAAGGCAUUCACCUCAAGGUCAAAUUAUGAUGGUGCCCUUUCACAGGCCAUAAUUCAGAUAGAUAAGCUGUUAGAGACUCUGAAUAAGAUAGGAGUUGGACAGAAUGCCUUUAAAUCUGCUUCUGGAGAAACUGCUUGUGAACAAAUGGAAGAUGUGACUUUGGUCCAAAAUACUCAAAUAGGAGAUACAUCAAUAUCGCCCAAGUCUUUAAUUCAAGGAAACAAGCAUGUGGAAAUCUGGUCUGUCCUUCAAACAUUGUGGGACAAAAUGAAUGGAUUCAGUCUUGAUGUCUUCCAGAAGCUGGACCUUUGUACAGUAACAGAUAAUAUGACCUCAUUUAAAGAAGCAUUUAUGGAUCUGCAGAAGUUAAUGUCAGCAGUAAAUGAAACUCUUUCAAAAAUCCAGAAAGUUAUAUUGCCAAAUAGUAGCUUUCAAGAUAUAUGGACCUUGUAUAGUUUCUUGACUAAUGCAGAGAUAAAUAAUAUCACUAAAUUUACUGCUGAAGAGCUUUAUGAAUGCAUCUCCCAAGAGGUAUACAGGGAUCGCUUAUUGAUUGGAUGUGGGCAACUGGCUCAACUGGAACGUACAAUUAAACAACGAUAUGAAUCUGUUUGUUUGGAAAUCAAGAACAGAGGAUGGGUUUAGUUCUGUACUCAGUUGGAGCAUUUAAAGCAACAGUAGCAUUCUUGUAAUGGACACAACAAUCUUAUGGUCCAGCUCCAAAAGACCACCAUCUCACAGGAGCUUAGGCUUCUGUAACUAACCAGCAUUCUUGGGAGCUUUUGUCUAAAGACCAAAUAACGCACUGCAUCAGAUAAAUAGUUUGGCCUUAACUGUUUUUGUGUAUGUAAAGAACAGCUGCCAUGUCGGAGGGCUGGUCAGGCUUAGGACCAUGGAGAUAGGAAAGAGUCUCCAUGCAAAGAGUCUCCCUUCUAAUGCAUAGAACAGUUUUGAGUGUGGGAAUAUAGCAGUCAUAUGUAAGAGAUCAGUGGUUAAAUCCACUGUUCACAACCCAGAUCUUCCAUUUCCCAUGGCUUCCAUUUUACAAAGCCAAAAAGAAAAAAGUACACAUGCUCACCAAUCAUAACUUUUCUUUUCCCAAAUCUCUCAUGUUGCUUAGGUAGAUCAAGCAACUUGCAUCUUGUAACUUGUUUUGCGUUCCCUCUUAAACACAAAUUACAACCACACUGGCAAAAUAUGCAGCCCCUCUGUUAAUACACUUAAUGUUCAUUGAGUUUGGCAGGCUGUGCUCACAGGCAAGAGUAUGAAGUCCCUGGCAGCCUAAGAAAAGACAGUACAGCUUUUUGCACGAAGGAACUUCUUGUUCAGCUGACAAUGGAAGAUAUGGCUGGAGCAAAAUGUGAACUGCCUGUGAAGAGAGAUUCUGUAAAGCAGAGGCUACUUUGGGGAAUCAAAUGUAUGAGGGGGUCGAUUGGAUCUUCAUCUCCCACUCCAAGCAGAAUGAUUAGAAGUGUAUAAUGAAAUCUGUGUAAACCAUCAUACACCUUUCCCUACCCCUUUUUCUUUGCUUUACUCUGCCUUAGCCUUGAGUUCAAAGUUCAUCCAACUUUUAAGUCCAUGCAUUGUAAUUGUAUUUCAUGGGGAGGAGAAAAAGUAAGCCCAGAGGUAAAGCAAAACUGGUGCUACUAAUCCUGAACCAGUGCACUUAGCAGCAGAGGAUUUAUAGCAACAAUCUGUUGUUUUAAUCUUUUUAUAUCAGCUGAAAACUGAAACAGGGCUUGAUGUAGUUAUUUAAAAUUAUAGUUGGAACAUGGAAUAAUACUGCAAACGGAUUUUUACAAGCCAGCAUAAUCCAAGGAUGCAUUUGUUGUGGUACACGUUCCAUUUUAAGCUAAUUCAUUCUUAGUGUACAUAUAAAUAUAUUGCACAUUUCGUUUUUCAAAAAUGAGACAUUUGUAAUUUUACAAGCAUGUCUGUUUAAUUUACUUGAGCGAUUUGCUGCCUUUUUAAAAGGCUACUCUUAAUAUUGCCUCUGAAGAGGGUCAAGAAAAUGGAGAUAUUGUUCAAUUAAUUUAUGUGACUGUGAACAGCCUAUCACCUUUUUAUGCUAUGAUAUAAUAAUUUAUCUUUUUUCUGUUUAUUGCUUAACAAUGCUGCUACUUAAAAAGGUUUUUUUUACAAUAUGGUUUCUUUACAGAAUUGGACAAGAUAUUUCAAAUAAAUAGUAGAGUAUAUAA